UUGGAUCCAUAGACUGUUGUUUUCCUCCAAUCACUUUGUCUUUGGCAUAUUAAAAUGAUCAUUUCAGUUACUUUGCGGCUGAGACUUAUUCAAUUCUUUGUCAACAAAUGAUACCAUCUAAUCAAUGUGGUGAGAGUGAGGUGACUUAUGGAUAACUCCAACAUGAUUUUCCAUUGGGAGAUCAAACCCUCACCAUUCACCUACAAAUAUCUCAACACCAUUCAUCCAAGGACAUGUAACUUAUUUGUUUCAUUCAAAAUGGAUGAUUUUGCAUGGUCUUCUGGGACACAAGAUGCUGUUUUUGAUCAGUUUAGAAGAUGGGGUGAUGAGUGGCUAGGUGAUCCAAGUGUUUUUCAAGUCGAUGGUGGUGAAGGUAGUAGCCAUGGUGGUGGUAAUUGCGGCGGCUACUAUGGUGGUGAACAGGGAGAUGGUAAAGUUGGAAGUGCUUCCAAGAACCAUAGCGAAGCUGAGAAGCGGCGUAGAGAUAGGAUUAAUGCACAUCUUGCAACUCUAAGGAAACUCGUCUGUAAUUCCGACAAGAUGGACAAGGCAACACUACUAGGAAAGGUCAUCGAACACCUAAAAGAACAGAAAUCAACAACUAUGGAAUUAAGCAAAGUGUAUAAACUUCCAACAGAUUCAGAUGAAGUAAUCAUUGAUUUUGUUUCUAAUACUAUGGAACCUAGUAACAAUGUUUUCAUCAAAGCUUCUAUAUGCUGUGAAGAUCGACCAGAACUACUUUCAGAGAUCAACCACACUAUUAAAAGGCUAAGGUUAACCAUGGCCCAAGCCGAUAUGACUUGUUUGGGUGGGAGGAUCAAAUGCAACUUCAUCCUUUGUGUCAUGAAUAUCACGAGUGAGAAUGAAAUGACAGCACUUAAAAAAUCUCUUAAAAUAAUAUUCGAGAGAAUCGUUUCAUCAUGUUCUUCGACAACAUCAUCAAAUUAUCGCAUAAAAAGCAAGCGGCAAAGGUUCUUUUGUUCCGCUAAUUACAACACCAAUGAUUGUUAAUAAAGUAAACGUUUAUGCAUCAUCAGAGUAGCAAAAUAAACUGAAGUUCUUUUAACUUUUAGGUCGAUUAUAAGUGUAUUAUUUUGCGUCCUUUUCAUUUCCUCAAGGCCAGUUAUUUACUUUCCUG